GGUUACCCACGUGUGCUGUGUUGAAAUUUACGAUCGUGGUGUACGGUCCUGCAAUUAUCAUCGAAUUUAAGCGUUCGGCUGCUGACGACAAAAUCAGAAGAGAAAGUUUGAUUUACAGAUGUGUUAUUUGACAUAAUCUCUUCCAAUGGGUGAUUUCUGCGUACAUCUAGUGCGUUUCUUUAACUACACCCCCAGUGCUAUUCAUUGCCUAGCAUACGAAGAGAGCAUUCAACGAUUGGCUGUGUCAAGAUCUGAUUCAUCAGUUGAAAUAUGGAGUAGACAAGAUGGUUGGUAUCAUGAAAAGACUGUUCCUGGCUGUGAAGGGCGAUCAGUAGAAGCCUUAACAUGGGUAAACUCCAGGUUAUUUUCAGCCGGUCUCUAUGGUGGCAUUACAGAAUAUGACUUGAUGAAAAUAGAACCACGGAUUACUGUGGAUUCACUUGGUGGUGCAGUUUGGUGUAUGACUACGAAUGCUUCAAGAACACAUAUUGCCGAGUCGAUACUGUCUGAUGUCAAUCCAAUGUACUCAAAGAAAAAGUCUGGAAGUAAAGCAAAACAUCUGUUCAAGAGAUGGAUCCUUCUGCCAUUUCCGCAACAUAAACAUCUUGUACACUUGGCUGCUGAUGCAGAUGUCAUUAUGUUUCAAUUUUCAACACAUUUGGAACUUUGGAUGCUUGGUGCCACCAGCAGGACAAGUAAAACAGAUGGUGAUGAUGGUGAUGUUUUACCGCUGCUCAGAAAACCUUCUAAAUUAUUGGAGCUGAAAGCAAAGGGAAACGAUCAGAUAGUUUGCAGUGCUAUUAGCAAAUGUGGUAGUUGGAUAGUUUACUCUGAUAUAACCAAGAUAAGAAUGUAUCAUAUCACCAUGGAUACACCUUCUGUUACCAAGGUUGCUGGUUUACCCUCAGACCUGUCUCCAGCUCACUGCAUGAUGUUUACACGGGAUAGUAGCAAACUGAUCAUAGGUACAAGAGACUGUACUGUGCAAAUUGUCCAAGUAGAUAAUCUUCAGCCUGUGAUACUGCACACAUUUUCUGCAGUUUGUCAACCAAUACAUUUACUGUCAGUCACUGAGGAUGGAUGUUAUGUUGCUGUUGGUAACCAUGCUAGUCAAAUCAAUGUAUAUAACAUUGAAGCAUAUACGCAUCACUGUAGUUUACCACAGUUAUCUACUCAACCAUGUUCUAUGGGAUUCAGUCCACAUAAUUCAAUGCUAAUGGUAGUCUACUGCAAUCAAAAGAUUGUUGAAUACGAUAUAACCAAGAAAGAAUACAGUAAUUGGAGCAAAGCCAGUAAUCACAGUCUAUCCAAGAUGUGGAAACUGAGACAAGGCAAAGUGAUGAAAAUUGGCUUCAGUCCAACUAAUCCAAAUAUGGUCAUCUUGCAGGCACAUGAUAUGUUUGCUGUUAUUGAUAAAACAAAAUCUAAUAUCACUGAGAAGAUUACAGGCAAUGAAGAUCUCCAUAAUACGAAAAGUGGAAAAAAGGAAGCUGUGUUUUGUCAUAAAUAUAAUCCACUACUCUUCUUAGAUGCUUUAAAAGACAAUGUGUUAGUUGCUGUUGAGAGACCAAGACCAAUGAUGCUGGAAUCACUUCCAGAAAGUCUAAAAAUGAAAAAAUUUGGAACAUAAACUUUAUUAAAAUUGUGUUUUGUACAAACAACUAAUGUGAAUUCAGUCAUACGCACGAGUACUACAAGGUAAUUACUUGUAUAUCAUAGUCUGUUGAUGCUUAUUCAAUUCAAGAUUGCCGAAUAGUGUGCAUUUUAAACCAAACCAACCAAGUAUUUCCAACUCUCUGGAAUCAAAUCAAACUUUACACAUACUUUGUAUAGUUAAUACAAAAUGGCUGACUGGUUUUAGUCUUGCAUAGUGUUGGAUGCAAAACUGAUCCCUUGAGUUAAUUUACGACAAUGUUGGUUUAUUAAUAAAUCACUCAAUUUCA